GGUCACUCCGUGAGGCGCUCACUGUAUAUUCUCCAUGCUCAAAAUGUCCUUGUCCCUUUCAUCUCAUCUCCGUACAGCAAUAGCUUCACACUUCUAGCAGACUUGAGCAAUCGAAAUGACGUUAUCAAGCGACUUCCAAAAUUCCUACCUCAACUUCAUCAACUACCCUGAGAACCUCAUCCCGAAGGGCACUACUACCUAUCGUUCCACUCUUGCUUCAUAUAAACAGCGUCUUGAUGACUGCGAGUCAGAUCUCUGUCUCGUAGAUGGAGAGGAUGACAUUGACAAUGACUUUGAAAUCCCCAUCCGAGACCUCUGCACGGCCUCAGGAAAAGCUAUCGAUAAGAGGAACAUACAUUCCCCCGAUGAACUAACCCAAUGGCUUGGGGUAACGGUCAUCCAAGACCCGGUGAACGCGGGCCACAAGAUUGUAACAGUGCAAAAGAGGGACCCAAAAUGCCGAUUCAUAUAUAUAUACGCUGAGCAUGCGCGCGAUCAACUGAAGACGACGCGGAGCAGCAUCACUCAGCUCCUAACUUUCCAUCAAGUCAUGCCUGUUUAUCUUGACUUUAUGCUAGUGUUUGGGGCGCAAAGUGACCCAAAAGACCUCCGAUUCAGCGGGUUCCGUGAACAGAGCAUCAUGCAGAAUCCCCCUCGAGGACCAACGAUUCCAGAAUUGGAUCGCAGCGGAAGGCACUUCCAAAUGUGCUACAACCUCAAAGGUGUUACAUUCAAGAAAAAGAGCGAUGAGAGUAUCAAGCUUGAUGAGUGGUCUAUCCGGCAAGCUGCAGUCUAUCAUCAAUUCGAUGUAGUUUUUGGUACUACGCUGUGGAUCGUCACGAAAGGACGCAUCGACAUACAGCAGCGUUACAAAGAGUUGACCGGCCCAGAUGGCCGCCCAGAAGAUAAGUCGUUUGCCACACUCGAGGAGUGUUUCCGGUCCAGCCUUGCCGCUCAUCUGCUCUACUGCCACUGGUCUACAGAAGAUUGGCGCUGGUAUAUUCGCUGGCUUGAACGUGUUAUUGACGCAGAGAGCUCGAUGGCCAUAUACGGCCCACGAGGGCCCGGAUAUGCACACAAGGAGUACCGGCCAUACCACAUUCAGGAUCUCCAGUAUUGGCAAGAUAAGACAAACGAGGCUGUCAUGGUCAUAGAAGCCAAUGUGGAAGUAAUCAAGGCUCUUCGACGAUUCUACAUCAAUCUAAAGGUGCACAAGGAUUUCCCGACCACCCUCAAAAACGCAUGCAGUGACGAUCUAUCCACAUUUGUCGCUCAUCUAGACGAGAUCAUUGAUGAUUUCGGCAUGCAGAUAUCUCGCACAAAGUUGCUUGCAAAAAUCAUCAGUGAUCGGAAAGAACUUGUCCUUCAACAUCUGCAAGGUCAGGCGGCAGAGCGCACUGAGCAACUAAAUUUGAAUCUAGAGAGAGAGGCCAUCGUUAUGCGCAUCGUCACCAUAGUCACCUUGAUAUAUCUACCGGCCACGUUUGUCUCAACAUUCUUUAGUACGGACGUAGUCAAGUACCAGAAUCAAAGCGAUGCUAGUGGCGGGUCGAACGAUGGUUCAUUCUCGUCGCUUGCGCUGAAGAGAUGGCUCCAAGUCACUCUUCCCUUGACAGCAAUCACGCUUGCAGUAGCGUGGUCAACCUACAAGAUUUCAGAGACGGCAAGGAGCGUCUCGCACCCGCCGAAAACACUAAGGAAUCCUCCCGGGCCUAAUAUUCCGAUGGAUCACGCUCAACUACCCCAAGAGUCGAAACGGCCGAUUGCAGAUUCCUCACAGCACCUCUCUAGAUGGCAAUCGAUCCAGCAGUUAAUGAGGGGCUGGAAAAUGCACGGUCUCGUGUCGAGACUGUCGUGGCGAAGGCCCCCAACUUUGCCAUUACACCAGAGCUCACAGUCACCCACGUGAUGAAUGAGUGUCAUUCCGUGGGCGACAAGAUAAAUUUAGAACCACGGGCUUUGCAGAACAUAUCCGUGUGACAGCAAUAUUCUGUUUUUGUAGAGCGCGCCGCUGGUUGGAAGGCAUGCAGCUUUCCCCAGGCAUGGCAGGUCCCGCUGGGGAACAGGCGUUCCCGCUAGUCUGCGAACUCCCAAAUCCAAGGCCAGGGCUUCCAAGGCUCGGAUUUUGCAGUCCUCGAAGACUACACCGCUAUUCAAGCACUGCUUUGAGAGGGAAAAGAAGGAUAAAGUCGAGAUGGG